AUGUCAUCACUAGUCACUUUGAACAAUGGUUACAAGAUGCCUCUGGUCGGUUUAGGAUGUUGGAAAAUCGACAAGAAAGCCUGUGCAAACCAAAUUUACGACGCUAUCAAGCUCGGUUAUCGUUUGUUUGAUGGCGCUUGCGAUUACGGUAACGAAAAGGAAGUCGGUGAAGGAAUCAGAAAGGCCAUAUCUGAAGGUCUUGUCACUAGAGAAGAUAUAUUUGUUACCUCCAAAUUAUGGAACAAUUUCCAUCAUCCCGACCAUGUAAAACUAGCCUUGAAAAAAACGUUGAGCGACAUGGGACUGGAAUACUUGGACUUGUAUUACAUCCACUUCCCCAUUGCCUUCAAAUACGUUCCUUUCGAAGAGAAGUACCCACCAGGGUUCUACACAGGUGCGGAGGACGACAAGAGAGGUCAUAUAACCGAGGCUCAUGUCCCUAUUAUAGAUACAUACCGUGCUUUAGAGGAGUGUGCUGACGAAGGUUUGAUCAGAUCUAUUGGUAUUUCCAAUUUCCAAGGGAGCUUGGUUCAAGAUUUACUACGAGGAUGUAGAAUCAAGCCUGUGGCUUUGCAAAUCGAGCAUCAUCCCUACUUGACCCAAGAACACUUGGUGGACUUCUGUAAGAUGCACGAUAUCCAAGUCGUUGCCUACUCCUCCUUUGGCCCUCAAUCGUUCAUUGAAAUGGACCUUGGCUUGGCAAAGAGCACACCAACGCUGUUUGAAAAUGACCUAGUCAAGAAGGUUUCUGAAAACCACCCAGGUAGCACUACCUCCCAAGUGCUCCUGAGAUGGGCUACUCAAAGAGGUAUCGCCGUUAUUCCAAAGUCCUCCAAAAAGGAAAGACUAUUGGGAAAUUUGGAAAUAGAAAAGAAACUCACUCUAACCGAGCAGGAACUCAAAGAAAUUUCUUCUUUGAAUGCCAACAUCAGAUUCAAUGACCCAUGGACUUGGUUGGACGGUAAAUUCCCCAUUUUUGCCUGA